AGCGACGAGGCAUUCCGCUCUGUCACCUCGCCAGUGCCGCCAGAAGUGCUUCAAGGUUCAAAAACACCGCAUUAUCCCGUAAACACAGUGAAUUUCUUGCUUCGCCUCUAUCCUCAUUCCUCCCUAUCUUCAUAUAUUUAUACGCAUGCGUAGUCUCCCAUCCACCAUUGUGGAGCGCAGCAUUUGAACGGGGAAGAAGAGUCCGCGGCUCAGCGUCCAUUGCCAACUCCACUUCCGGUCGCUCCCAUUUUGACAAGAUCUCAUCCCCAGCCUGCGAUUAAACGUUCAGCUUGUCUCUCCCCGAUUGUUCUCCUUUUCAAAACAACUCUCCCUCGAGUCCGACGAGCGUAUCCAAAAUGCCUCUCGGAAUCCAUAACCCUCUUCCCUCGUCCAUGAACAGCGAGUGCCGAAAGGCUGGAAAAAUCCUCGCAUCCUUUGUUGAUCCGCGACAAGCAUUCGGUCCUGACAAAGUCAUCCCGCCGGAGAUAUUGGCUGGUGCUAAGGGUCUCGCCAUUCUGACCGUCCUCAAAGCUGGGUUUUUAGGUUCUGGCCGAUUUGGCUCUGGCAUUGUCGUUGCUCGACUGGCCGAUGGGUCAUGGUCCGCUCCGUCCGCGAUCGCAACCGCAGGUGCUGGAUUUGGGGGUCAGAUUGGGUUUGAGUUGACCGACUUUGUUUUCAUCCUCAACGAUGCUUCCGCAGUUCGCACAUUUUCCCAGGCCGGAACUCUGACGCUGGGAGGAAACGUUUCGCUCGCAGCCGGGCCGGUUGGACGCAAUGCAGAAGCUGCUGGUGCCGCAAGCACCAAGGGUGUAGCGGCUGUAUUCGCAUAUUCCAAAACCAAGGGCCUUUUCGCUGGUGUUAGUUUGGAAGGAAGCAUGUUGGUCGAACGUAGGGAUGCCAACGAAAAGCUCUACAACAGCCGAGUGUCUGCUCGCCAGCUCCUCACUGGCACAAUUCCGCCUCCACCCGCGGCGGAACCUCUGAUGAGAGUGCUAAACUCUCGUGCUUUCUACGGAGUACGCACGAACGGUGACUCCAUGUACAAUGAUAUUCCUGUUUAUGAUGAUCGCCAUGACGACGUCGUCUGGGAGGGCCGCCGAGGAGACGCAUAUGGAGAGGGGAUGCGGCGCGAUAGGACUGGAUACAAUGCGCCCUCUUCGGAUGAUUACGAGUACCGAGAUCGACCGCGCCGGGCGACAACAUGGGCUGAUGAUGUAUAUGACCGGCCCACUGGAGGAGGCUUAAGUCGUUCCUCCACUGGCCGCUACGGAGGACGCGCCGAUACUUUCGACUCAUUUAACCGUGCGCGGAGCAACACAUACGACAACGACGACUACGUGUAUUCUGACCGAAAACCUAGUCGACCUACAGCGCCGAAGCCUGUUUUCGGGCAGCGCACCGGGGGCGCUGCUCCUCUACGUGAUGACCAAGUUAUUGCACUAUAUACAUUCGAUGCAGACCAAGACGGUGAUUUGGGUUUCAAGAAGGGGGAGGUCAUCACGAUCGUCAAACGUACCGAAAAGAAAGAGGACUGGUGGACGGGGCGAAUCGGUGACCGCGUCGGCAUAUUCCCAGCGAACUACGUGGACUCAGCUUAGACUCUCAGCCAAGACAUUGGUUUAUGUGGAACGAAAUUCAUGACCUCGAAACCCCCUUUCUCAAUUUAUACCUAUCCUCUUGUCUCUUUCUAUCUAUAUCUCGAAUCGAGUGCGUUUCGGUCAUGUUGGAAACAUCGGUCCUUUCUUCCGUUUAGCCUCGAGAUUUGUCUUCUCAGCCUUCUCGCGUAAGCAUUGGAGUUGGAAGGUAGUUAACUUUACCAGCACGUUUGGGAGAAAGAGCAAUCGACAUUGUCUACCUUAUUUGGCAACAGCAGCGGAUUCCCGAACUCUCCCCUCUACUGUUUUGUUCCGUUCGGUCUAAGUUCCUCUGUGUCUCGUUCUCGUGCUCUUAUACUUAUUGUCCUGCUCUUAUAUAUCCAUGGAUAGUUUCUGUCAUUCCAAUCACGCCUUUGUUUCGUUUCUAGAGUAAAAAUUGAGAGUCAUUGAUAACUAAGCGUCUUCCCACAUCUAUCCACAUUACGGUGUCAGGCC